UAUUAGCAUGAAGGUGAAAGAAGAAGAGGAGGAAGGACAGGGCUGACACUUGUUCGUCAUUCUCCGACCUAUUCUAUCUUGACCACCGCCGAAGUACAGGAAUCCCGACGGAGGAAGGCCCAGAUAGUUUCUUGCAGGAUUUUCACCUUCGACAGCUUCCACAGCGGCCGUUCUGUGAGCAGCACGGUCCUCACGACGCUCCAUGCGUUCCACAAUGAGACUACAAAGCCAGCCAUUAGAAGACAUGGUCGGAGCGCCAAAGGGGACGCGAUUGUUUGUGGUGUGCGUCAGCUUGGCCGGCGUGGUCACCAGCUGCUGCGUCACGGCGCUGCUCGUGAUGUACUAUUUCGUGGACGCCGGGUGUGGAGAGUUGCCGGACUGGGACUAUCGUGGUGAUCCCGCCAAACGCCAGAGCGCCUGCACCGGCGAGUCCUGCAAGGAGACCAAGUGCGAACCGGCCCCUGACAACACCACCUGCGACGGAGUGGUUCGUUCCUUCGCCGUUGGGUGUCGCUGCUGCCCGGCCUGCGUCGCUGUACUCGGCUUGGACGAGGACUGCUCCAAUCGCAUCAGCGACCGUCGCGAUGCUCGGCAGUGUGGCAUGGGCCUUUACUGCAACAAGCGCUACUGUACCUGCAAGAAGUACAUUAGGGCACCUUGAUUUGUUCUAAUUAGCGCCACUCACUACGUGUCCGCUGCUUUCAUUUCUUAAAUGUGCCUGCUGAAGAUUGCGCAUACAUCCGUUUUCAUCCUUGGAUAGUUUGAGACCAUAGCACUUGCUGACAUAAUAAACAGUUCUGAUUAU